AUGGAGUCUUAUACCAGAAUAUUGGAGAACUCGGCCCAAUUCCAGGACUGGCAGCUACCACUAUCGCCGAGUGUUGAGAUGGAUAGCUCCACAACGACUAGCAUAUUGCCUCCGAAUGACGUUCUGGAAGAUGUCAUCGGUGCAUAUUUUCAAUAUUGUCACAAGCAGCCUUUAUGGCUCUUCAACCGACAAGACUUUUCUUCCAUGCAGGAUUGUAGUGAGGAGACAAUGCUGGCCUUGCUGGCCCUUGCUUCGUGUCAUUCAAAACAUCCUUUCUUUCAAGGCCGUGUGCACGAACUAGGCCAGAGCUACGCACAGGCUGCAAGAGAGGGAAUCAUGCACCAGGUAGGCGAGGGCAAGGUUUCGAUAACCACCGUUCAGAAUCUGUGCAUCCUGACACUGGCCAAUAUACAAGCCAACAAAACGACCCUGGCACAUCUGCAUAUAGGCAUGGCAAACACGCUUGCUAAAUGUGCCAAUCUUGAUGUUGAGGCCUGCGCCAUUGAAGACUUUGGCACGCGUGCAGAGACGCGAAGAAGAGUGUUUUGGAGCCUGCACUUGCUGCAGCAGAUGUACGGACAUCAGUCCUUCACUACGGACAUAUUACAAGAUAUUACCAGGCCGCAAUACAUCGCGACGUAUACAGACCCGCGGAAGAGCGUCAACGAAAGGCCCCCAGCCAUUCCACAUGAAGACAUUUCAGGUCAGGACGAAACAACGAGCGCCGACAAGAAGAGCGGGAUAUGGGCCUAUAUGCUCCAGACGUCUACGCUGUGGGGAGAGGUCCGGACAUAUGUAAAGCAAUGGGCCCAACAGACCAACAACGCACCGCCUCCUUGGUCCAUUGAGUCCGGAUACGCAGUCAUCAACGCCUAUCUCAUGGACUCGGAGACGAAAUUCCCAGAUCGGCACCGAUUUGAUAGCGCGCGAUUUACUGAGCAAGAAAACCGACACCUUCAGAGCAAUCGAGGAUAUUGGAGUCCGUGGAUAUAUCAGCAAUUCGCAUAUCACACGAUCCAUAACAUGCUAAACCAUCCCUUUCUGUACUCUUCGCGACCGCAACAGUCGGCUCAGUUAGGAGUUCCCAACACGUUCUGGAAGACAUCAUCUGAACUUGCUUUUAUCCACAGCAUUUGGGUUGCACGUCUCAUAGAGAUGGUCAUACAUAAAGAUUAUCGCGUCUCGGAUCCAUUUAUUGGUCAUUGUGCGUCGAUAGCGGCGACUAUUCACAUCUACUUUUGUCGGGCGGCCGACAAAACUACCAGGGAGGCAGCUCUAGACAGACUGGCGAAAUGUGUCGCAUUUUUGGCUGAGCUGGCUUUGCUCUGGCCUUCAUGUAGAUGGUUGCAUGAAAGACUCCAGUCGUUGAUCCGGGCAGCAUUCGAGGUGGACCAUGAGCAGGGAAAAGACCAAGAGGUCCCUCCACCGAGGACCAUUUCUAUCAACACGCGUUUAAUGUGGGAUAUUCUUCUUUACAACUCUGGUGCUUACAGAGGCACAACCAGUUCUCCACAGACACGAAGUCUUUUCGACGGCAGUUCUCUGUUUCCAGAGGACAACACGGAUGAUGGAGAAGACAUCGUUGAGAUAGAUAAUUUCCACAGCCCAACUGUGGAAGUGAGUUUGGGGAAUGGCCAAGCCUUGCCGCCACAACCCGGAAGGAGAAGAACGAGAUCUGGCCAAGGAACGCAGGAGUCCCAGGCAAAUCCUGUAGCUCAAUCUUGUUCUAUUCCAGAAACAUUCGGAUCUUCCACUGAACAAACCCCUCUUGCUUCUUGGCCUAUGUCUUUGGAUAUGGCCUAUGAUCCGUUCUUUCAAUUUCAAGAUUCAGGUGGCCCCUUUUUCGGAAUAUGGGAAGUAGGAAAUCUCUAG